CUUGUUCCGAUGGUGAAAUUAUCUCGGCGAAAGUUAACUUCCCACCUCUUUUGUAGAAAGGGGUCACUGUUAAACGUGUUAAAAUAAAAAGCCCACUUGUAUCGCUGUACAUAACAAGCGGUGGCCGGCACAUAAGCAGUGUUGGCCAGAGAAGCGAUCCUUUCGUCUUUAAAAAGUCAAAACUUUUGAUGAAAUUUCCUCCUCGAAAAGCACCAACAAAGAACAAUUGAAUAUUCCCAUUACACAAACUCACGAUAUCACACGUUUUAAAAAUGAGGUAAUUUCGCUUCAGAUGGCGUCCCAGUAGCUCGAACCAGACAGGCACCGGAACCUGGUGCGCCGCUUAAUCUUUCCGCCCUAGAUUUGUAAUGCGUUGCCGUACGUGUUUUACAGCACACGAUAACACAGAAUAGGCGCCAUCGUAACAUCACUUGACAAGUAAGUGUAUUAUGGUAGUUUGAAAAAAAAACCGUAUUUCAUUUUAAUCUAUCUUUUUUGGUACCCGGAUCGCUCACAAUGCAUCCUAGCAAGGCAAAGAGAAGGGUGAAAUUAAACAGAAUUUGAAGUGCCACACGGGAAAAUGUUCGUAGAGAACUUCCGGCGCGGCUUCCGUGCGCCACUUAUCGUCUUGGCGGUCCCGACUGGAGUCCCAAUGAGGCUGGGCAUAAGCGAGCGCCGUCGUGCACUGUUGAAGACUGAACCCUGCUGUGGCAACACAACCACCGUCAAGUCAGCCCUUGGUCGAGCGAGGAGGACAGCAUGACUUCUACAAGGUUAAAAGGGCUCCCAAUACUAUCCGUGCUCCUCUGGGUGUGUGCAGUGUAUUUUGUGGGACUUUACCUGUUUUUGGGUGGAUUUCUGCUGGUUCGCCUGGAGGUGAACCGCACCAGCACCUGCGCAGACGUACUGGAACCCAGGGGAGAGUCGAGAGACUUUUGUGGGCUACAGCCACGUUUCCGCAGGGCUGUCCUAAUCAUCAUCGACGCCUUGAUGAUCGACUUCGCCCGUUUUGACGCUAACAACACUUCUCCAAUGCCAUUUGAGAACAAGCUGCGUGUGUUUGAGGAGACCGCCUCAUCAAGGCCUGCCCAGUGCCGAUUGUACCCAUUUCGUGCUGACCCACCAACCACCACCAUGCAGAGGAUCAAGGGAUUUACUACUGGAUCUUUACCCACCUUUGUGGAUAUCAGUAAUAACUUUGCAUCUAAUGCCAUCUCGGAGGACAACCUCAUCCACCAGUUUGGUCAAGUUGGAAAACGAGUGGUGUUCAUGGGUGAUGACACUUGGGAGAGUCUUUUCCCAAAUAAAUUUUACCGUUCUCUGCCCUUCCCGUCUUUUAAUUUGAAAGACCUGCACACUGUGGACAACGGGAUCCUCCAAAAUCUCUACACAACUAUGGUGGGUGACGAAUGGGAUGUACUGGUUGCUCAUUUCCUCGGGGUGGACCACUGUGGUCACACGUUUGGUCCUGACCAUCCGGCGAUGGCUGACAAGCUCAUCCAGAUGGAUGGUGUCAUCAGGUCUGUGAUCGAGCGUGUACAGAAUGACACGCUCUUGGUGGUGAUGGGAGAUCAUGGGAUGACAGACACUGGCGAUCAUGGAGGAGAAAGUCAGAAGGAGACUGAUGCAGCUCUCUUCCUUUACAGUUCUGCCCCAUUCUUUCCCACACCCCCGUCGCAGAAUGAACCAAGGGUGGUGCCCCAGACGGACCUGGUUCCCACCCUGGCCCUGCUGCUUGGAGUGCCUAUUCCAUACAGCAGUGUGGGCCAGGUUCUCUUGCCUUUGUUUCCUCCACAUGGACCCGCUCAAGAUGCAGUCACGGGUCCCAGCCAGCUAGAGGCGCUGUGGAUCAAUGCAAAACAGGUCAACCGUUUCCUGGCGACGUACUCUGUUAUGGCAAAAGGAAUACCACCUGAGACUCUGGCUCUGCUUAAAGAUCAGUUUGAAAACCUCUCUUCUGAGUACCUCAAAUUUAUCAAAGAGGGACGCUCAUCCUCCCCGGAGCUGUCGGUCGCACUGCAGGCCUACCUCACCUCUGUCCGAGACACAUGCCGAGCCACCUGGGCGCACUUCAACCCGCUUAAAAUGGUAGCUGGUUUAAUCAUCUUGGCGCUUGCCUGCCUGAUGUGUUUCACCGUGUCCGAAAUGUCAUUUGCGCUUGUCAGAGAACAUAAUUUCCGACUGAAGGCAGGUGUUUUAGUGGCACUGAUUGUUGGGGUUUGUGUGGCUGCUGGUCAGCUACUCUCAUGGGGCUACAUCGAGCUAGCAUGGUGCAUGGCUGCUACCGCCUUCACUUCAGAGCUCUUCUUCCUGUGCCGGUCGUAUCAGUCCAAGUCAUCUGCUGUGGUUAAGAAUGGAGCUAAAGGUCCAAAGAGUGCAAGUUGGAUGACCCCACAUUAUCUUCUCUCUCCUCCUCUUUUGGUUACACUCCUGCGCUGUGCCUCUUUGCUCUCUGAUAGCUAUGUAAUAGCUGAGGGUCGGGUAGUCACCUUCCUGGUGUUCUCCCUGGCUCUCUGCAUUCCUCUCCGUCUCAAUUGGGAUGGUCUCCUCCUGCCUGCCAGCCAAGACCCUUUGAAACCUACAUUGCUGGUGCCUUCACCUGCCUCGCCCCCAUUGACAGUGAAGAAAGAAGGCAGCACUCUCGUAGCCUUCUUCGCUCUCCUCGUUGGAAGCCUCUACUUGUCCCUCUUCUUCCAUAGCUGUCGAGAGGGGCAGCAUACUUGUCAGCCAUCCCCCUUCCUUACGUCCCUCGCUCGGGUGAAGGACAAUCAGCUGAAGAACAUUUUCUACAUCCUCUCAGUCUUCUCCCUAGGCGUGUGGACUUAUUUGUUGAGAAGAUGUCUCCGCUACUAUGGGAACCUAAACUCCUCAGGUGGAACGGUAUUCACGGCCCGCUGGAUCCUACCCCUGCUUUCCGUGUGUGUGGGCCUCCACUGGGCCGUUAGUGCCUCUCCACAGGACAGCUUUAGGAAUUUGGCUGAACUGAUCAACUUAGCCCAGCUGGCUCUCCCCAGGGCUGCCUAUUGUCUCCUGGGACUGGGACUGGCCUUGAUCUGGCUGGAUCCACUCACUGUAUUUGUGAAAAUCAGGCCUGCAAAUAUGACUAAGAGUUGGUCUGUGCCACCGCCACGCUACCGAGCUAGCACCAGUAUCAGCCCCCAAGCUGAGCUUCACCACCUCAUCCCCCAAAUAUACCAGCGCAUGCGCCGCUCACUUGAUGAUGAGACGAGCGGGGGCGGUGAAGUGGACAACAGACCUGCUGUGGAAGCCUAUGGCCUAGGGACAGUCUACUCUGCCCCACUGCUUCUGUUUUGUGGGCUCUUGGGAUUAGGUCUCUUGCAGCUGCACCCAGAGGGCAUGGCUCUGUCUUUCCUCCUGCUGCUGUUUGAAAUGGGGGCUCUGCUGCACAUUCACGCCUCCUCCACAACCCUCUGUGACCUGCACAGAGUAUAUUCUGGUGGCUUCAAUGUGCCCUGGACUCCUGUUGUGCUGUGGUCCCUGGCAGCCACUCAGUUCUUCCAUGCAACAGGUCACCUGGCCAGCUUCACUUCCAUUCAUUGGGGUGCAGCCUUUGUGGGAUUCCCCAACGGGCACACAGGGACCUUACUGCCAGCAUCAUUGGUUAUCCUCAACACCUUUGCUUCACACAUCAUGUUUGCAGUGGGAUGUCCGUUGCUGCUGUUUUGGCCCCUGGUGUGUGAGGUUCGUGGAAGCAAGGGGGGAAAAGGUAGUGGGGAAGAAGGCGAGGACGGUGUGAUGGAAAUGAGACUGAGGGAGAAGCCUCAACGCUUCAGCUUGGCUCUCCUGCAACUCUCAACACGCUACCUCUUUAUUCAAGGAGUGCAGGUCUUUGCUUCCGUGUGUGCAGCUGCUAUCCUCAGGAGACACCUAAUGGUGUGGUGGGUUUUCGCACCCAAGUUGAUGUUUGAGGCCUCAGGGUUCCUGGUGAGCUGCGUAUGUUUGCUGCUCGGUGUAUCAUUAGUGCUUAGAGUCGACGUGGCUGUUGGACAUUUUUUCAAGAGACUCAUCCCUGAUGCGUCCAGGUAGCGACGGCCACAUCACUGCUUUACCAGUGCAGCCCACUAGAGCACACUGUGCCAUAAAAGGAAUCGACAAGGAGGUUACAUUCUGGUGAUACUUCAAUAUCCAAUGUGAAGGCUCAACCUCAAGACAGAUCUCCCCAUGUCACAUCUGGGACAUUUUGAUAUAUAUACAUGCAUACAUACAUGCAUACAUACAUACAUACCAUACAAUACAUACAUACCAUACAAUACAAUACAUACAUACCACACAAUACAAUACACCCCCCCAUGGGUAAAACACCUCCACAUUUACCGUAUUUUCCGGACUAUAAAUUGCUCCGGAGUAUAAGUCGAACCAGCCAAAAAAUGCACAAUAAAGAAGGAAAAAACAUAUAUAAGUCGCACUGGAGUAUAAGUCACAUUUUUGGGGGGAAAUUUACUUGAUAAAAUCCAACGCCAAGAACGUGAAAUUAUAUAAUGUGUUAAUAAUUUCACAUAUAAGUCGCUCCGGUGUAUAAGUCGCACCCCCGGCCAAACUAUGAAAAAAAAACUGCGACUUAUAGUCCGAAAAAUACGGUAAUAAGGCCAGAUAUCAGUACUUUUCGAAUGUUUUUUUUCUUUUUUUUUUUUCCUCUCCAAGUAAUACUGUGCUUUAUUGUACAGUAAUCAGAUAAAUAACAGUUCACACAAAUCUAUGCCUGUCACAGCUGCCUCGGCAAUUAAAUGUAUGAACACUUCAUAACAGACAGAUUUAUACAAAUAUCCAACAGAGUUUCCAACUUGAAGUUACAUUUUCUGAUAAAUGUACCUGGUAGAAGUGACUUGUUGACACCUUCCUUGGUCAUUUAAACUUGGUUAGCUAUUACUACGCACAUGGCACGUGUCACUUGAGCCACAAGUGUGUCAGGAACUCAAGGAAAACAGGCAGUCUCCUUUUGUGGUCGUCACAAAGAAAGAUCCCCCUUUUCGUGUGUGUCUGUGUAUUUUCAAGAUAACGCUGAAGUGUCUGGUCACUGCAAUUUUUAAACCUUAAUUACUACGCACAUGGCACGUGUCACUUGAGCCACAAGUGUGUCAGGAACUCAAGGAAAACAGGCAGUCUCCUUUUGUGGUCGUCACAAAGAAAGAUCCCCCUUUUCGUGUGUGUCUGUGUAUUUUCAAGAUAACGCUGAAGUGUCUGGUCACUGCAAUUUUUAAACCUUAAUUUGAAUCUCAAGAGAUCAUUGAGGGGAAGCCCUCAUUUUUAAUGACUUCGAGGGGACAUAGGGAAGAAUUGACGAGAUUACUUAAGAAAGAAAGAAUGUUUAAACUCUUAUGAAGGUGUUUGUGUGUGGUUUGGCUAAUGAAUCUGCCAUAUUUUAUUUAAUAUAGAUUUUUGUCUAUUCUAUUUAUCAUUUAGUAUUUUUACUAAUCAUAAAUAUAGUGUACAAAUUUCAAAUUAAAUAUAUCUUAAUUGUGACUUCAAUGAAUGCCCUUUAUUUUGUAAUGAUGUCAUUAAGGAUCACAACCUUUAUUUUCUAAAUGAUGUGUGAGUCAGCCAGGGUACCAUGUUUUAUGUGCUGCUAAAAGUUUAUUAAGCUAAUGCACAUUAUUGAAGGCAUGUUGAGCUCAGGUUGAAAUAAAACUGCAUUCCUCAAGCCGCUGUAUACGGGAAUGUUCUGUUCUGUUUAGAGCAGAGUUUUUCAGCCCAAAAGAUGAUUUAAUCAUUUCACUUUAUUCUCUGCUUAUGUUUUGGAUAAAAUGCAUAACAUCUGAAGAGCUAAAAUGAUUGAAAAUGAAUAAACCUUUUACAUUU